AUGGCUACUGUGACGCCUGAUGUGGCUGCAGUGGACGGGGAGCUGCAGAAGGAAGUUUCGACGGGAAGUGCGGCGUCUACGGACGAAGCCGCACUUGCAACCGUUGAUUCUGACUGCAGCGAGCCGUCGCCGGUGGCAGAGAAGGUGGUGUGCCGCCGCUGCAACCAGGAAACGGAUCCGAAGGAAGCCCUGUGUCAGGACAAGUUUAGAGCGGAUUUGCGCUGGACAUGUAAAGCAUGCCACGCGCUAAUUACUCAGUUGAACCGUCACGGGGUGGAACUCAAGACCGUGUUGACCGAAACGGAGUCGACGGUAUUCUUUCAGAAGUGUAAGCUGGCUCGCAUGAACUCCGCGGACCAGCGGCUGGCCUACAGCCAGGCACGUGGAGUUUUGAAGCAGGAAAUGAUAGAAUCGGCUUCCAAGGUUUCCUCGGAAGGGGAAACCGGCCAGUUUCAGCCCUUAAGCUUCUGGGAGCUGAAGGGUUACAACACUGAGAAGAUUGAAGCUAGCGCAGAAUGUCGCGACCACCCGCUGCUGGGCAAGACUUACAAAGUCGAAAUUGAAUCGACUAGUGUGCAGCGCAUCCACUCUGUCACGGAGCAACGGAUCCUGCAGAUGGAGGCGGAUGCGCGCGAAAGGGUGCUGGCCCGCACUGCGCCAGCAGCCCCUUUGUCCGCGCCAAUGGACUUGCCACAGGCGCCUGAAGACGCGCCGCAGGGUGGCAAAAAAAGAAAGACACCUGAUGAGAAGAAGGCGUUGCAGGAGGAAGCAAAGGCACAGCGCAUGGCACACAAAAAGCGACGGAAGACGGAGACGGCAGCAUGCGCCGCAGCCGCAAAGCUGCUCCCGGCGCUGAAGACAUGUCACGAAAAGAUGGCUGGCUGCAAUGAGAAGAUUGCAGAGCUGAGUUCUGUCGUGGCUCUCCCGGAUGCCAGCAAAGAACAGUUGGACGCUGCCCAGAUAAAACUGGACUCAGCUUUGGCUACUUGCACCAAGCUCCUUGGAAUAACGGCCAAAGGCGGGUCCCUCAGUGUGGUGCCCAGCGACCAGCUGGCGACGGACAAGGACCUGGGUACCGUGGUCAAGGAUGGGAAUGCCGCCAUUCGCAUGGCGCAAGCGUUCAUUAGAGUCAACAAGGAAAAUUUGCCGAAGAAAGCUGCCAAAGCAAAAGCCAAGAAAUGA